UAUGCCCUCAGUCGGGAGGGCCUGUAUUGUAAUUGUCUCGAUCAUUGAUUAACUCAUUUCGUUUUUUCUUUUUCCCCUCAAUGACCGUAUUUUGUUGAGAAAAGACGUUAGCAUCGGUCUUGCCGCCGACGAUGACUGCCUCCAUAGCCGUAGCUGUGACAUGACGAUGACGAUGAUGACGACGAUGACGAUGACGAUGACGAUGGCGAUGGCGAUGGCUGGGCGUGCAUACCAUCGCUCUUUCAUCUCUGUCGUCGUUAGAAAAGUGAGGUAAAAGGCCACCUGGGGCACGGCAGAUUAUUGAGAAAAGAACUGAAUGCAUGCUGCCUGACGAGGUCGACAUGAAGAUCAGCAUGAGCUGGCCGCUGAGCUAACUGGCCUACCAAGGUUGCAGAGCUGCGCCAUCCUGAUGACCUGUCGACGUUCGCAAAGCCGAUCCGAUGGCAGAUUGACGACCAUGGGAAAAAACAUGAAGUACUCAGACAACAUGGCAACGUCGUCAGCAGCUUUGGAUUGUCAUGGAGGUGGGUCGGAAUCGGGCGAAAAGAGAGCUGCUGCUGACUUCACGCAGCAGGGAGCGAAGGAAGUUUUGGGAGAGUGCUCGGUGAAUAAGCAAGAGAACAUUCCUGACAUCAUCGAGGAUCGUAAGUGUGGAGGCUCGUCGGGUACUACGCCGAACCAAAUGGCAAGCGACGGAGGGAGGGAGGAAGUGGAGUGCGCUAAGGGGGCAGAAGGGGAAGAUAGCGACAACAGCAGUGGCAGCAGGGAGAAGGACAAUUCAUGCCCGGCUCCAGUGGAACCGGGAAGUUCAAUGACUGUUGGGAAGAAGGCACAAAUUGUGCCAUUGGAAACGUCUAUGGCUAUCAUGAUCAGAAACAAGUUGCGUGGGGAGGAGCUGCAUGGGAUGCUUGACCGUGAUGUUUACAGCUGCGUGUUCUGUGACAUAGCGCGUGGUCGCAGGCGAGCCCGCAAGCUUCAUGAAGAUGAUGUUUGCCUUUGCUUCCUGGAUAAGAACCCUCUUGCACCAGGUCAUGCUCUGAUUAUACCGAAGGGCCAUUUCUCGUCCCUGAGGACGACACCCGCUGAGGUGGCAGCGGCAAUGUGCGCGCUCGUUCCUAGGUUGAGCACUGCCAUUCUUGAGGUGACUGGAUGCGAUUCUUUUAACUUGCUCGUGAAUAGCGGCAUUAACGCCGGUCAGGUCGUGUUCCAUAUGCAUUUUCACAUCAUCCCGCGGCGGAAGGGUGAUGGACUCUGGCAAUCUGAGGUUAACUUCCGAAGACCACUGGGGAAAGACUAUGAUGCAGAGGAACUGGCAGCAAUGAUUUGCCGGAAGCUGACGUUGAGGACCAAUGCAUCAAGAAUGUGAGUGACAAGGCAAAUCAUUCUAACCGUCUCAUCCAUUUCCACACAUUUCUGUGAUGCAAGGUUGAUUUCGUCUCAUCCAUUUCCACACAUUUCUGGCUGCACUGCGAGUCAGGCACCAUUUUGUCAGAGACGGUCUCCCCGCUGGGGGAGGCAUAUAGAACACACAGGGAGCAACAGCAAUCAUGUGCCAAAGACACCCACUGCUGUAUGAUAGAUUGAGCAUUUCUCCUCUUCCUCUUCUUCUUCUUCUUGUGGAGUCUUCUUCUCCUGCCGGAGGAGGAGGAGGAGGAGGAGGAGGAGAUGAAGGGAGCCACCCUCCAGCAUAUGUGUAUUUCUACCUUGGGAUUGCAUAUCACAAUACGACAAAUGCGGCUCUUGAAGUGUGGGCAUAACAAGCGAGCUGGAUACUUAGGCUGAAAUGUACAUAUGGAUGGCUAUAUAACUGCAGGUAUUAUACGUAGACGGGUAGAACGUCAUGAGGGAGGGAAGGUGAGAACUAAAUGGUGUGGAUAUAUAUCUUCCAAGAGGCUGGACAACCAUGCUAAUUGCUCU